AUGUCUACAGGUGAAAAAGCACACCACCGCUGUGUCCAGUGCAACCGUCUGUACAAACACAAGGCUUCUCUUUACAAGCAUGUAAAAUUUGAAUGUGGCAAGAACCCCCUGUUUGCCUGCGAUUACCCAGGCUGCGCCUUCACUUGUAAACUGAAAGGAAACUUGACGAAACAUACCAAGAGGCAUAAGAAUUCGUUACAGUCUGAUGAACAUCGUUAUCAGUGCGACCCACUUCUAAGCGUCACCAGAAUUGAAAGUGAAGCAGGGGCGACAAUUUGUACUUACCCAGUCAUAUCCUCUAUAGAUUCUCUUGCUGCAGAAGAAGAAAAAAGUGGGAAUACUGUCCCAGAAAGACCGAGGAGGACGAAGAGGAAGCCAAUGACUAAAACUUUCCACAGAGAAUUAGUGACAAAGCUGCGACACAAAUACGUUAGGCAAAAGCACCAGAACAUAUUGAUAUGCGAGAAGAAAGGCAAACUAAUAGCAACCCUGCGUUGUGUAUUGUGCAACUUAUUCGUAAGGAAAGGAGAACAGUUCUGCUACAGGUGCAAGGAAUAUUUGGAAACCGGAAAGAAGCCACCAGUCCAGAGGAAAACAAAAGAUCAGCUCGACCAAGUCCCUGUCAAAAAUAAAUGCAGAAUAUGUUCAGUUUUCAUAAGAAAUAUCCGCGGUUUAUGUUAUAAAUGCGAAAAUGUUCAAAAAAAAAUUAAGAAGGAAGCAAACCUUUCUUCGAAAGGGAAGAGUUUGUCAAGCAAGGGCACCAGCAAAACGAAGCCAGUGGAUAAGAAGCCCCCGACAUUAAGUAUCAUGAAGAAAAGUCGCAUUAUUAAGAAAAAAGUUGUCAAGAAACGCAAGAAGAACUUCAGGUGCGAAUCUUGUAACUCAUUCUUUGUGCACAAUAAAGGCGACUUGUGUCAGAAAUGCAAGAAAAGAUUUGGAUCCGAGAAUACUCUAGAGAAAAUUAACGUAGAUUCACUCUUUGAUAUUAAAAAGACUGAGGAUGCAACGACAGAGGAAAACGACAUGAUGAAGACCGUGCAAAGCCUGAACAGUAUUGAGAAUGUUGAAAUUGUGGAGGAAGACGGAGAAGGGGCCGCCGGUGGUAGUACAGUUUUUAGCAUUCCACUAGUUAACGUUAACGACGAUAACAUCGACGCUGACAAGUCUGACUAUUACGUUUCUAUUGAUGAUAUAAACGAUAUGUUGGAGGAAGAUUCUUAA